AUGGCUCACUCAAAGAGGUUUGCUGCAAUUCCUAUGUCAAAGUGUAUGAGAGACAUUUGUAAGGAAGAGGAUUAUGCUUUCCUUAAAAACCAGGAAAGCAGGGAACUAAAAAAGACUCCAAAGGAGAACACGUUUUGUGAGAGUGACCGGCCCCAGAAACAAGAAGAAAGGCUCCGCAGGAAGUUAGCCCGAGAACAGCAGGAGCAGGAGAGGCAGUGUGAGCUGGAGAAGCAGAGGAGGGAGAAGGAGGAGCAAUGGAAAAGCCAUGUGGCAAGCCUAUCAUCUGAGCGUGAGUCUCUGCGUGGUAGAUUACACAGGCUACGUGAAUUCAGGUACUUUCAGAAGAGAGUGUUGAUGCAGGAUCUGGAUCUAGAGCCUGAUACAGCCAGUGAGAAAGUCACCCACCUUCUUAGGAGGCUGUAA